AUGGACGCCUUCAGCCGCAGUAAGUCGUACAGCCAGGCGACCUCAACCUCCACCCCGCCCCCACCGCGUGCCGGGGCCGCCGCGCCACAGCAGCAGCACGUCUUCAAAAACAUCCUGAAGAGCGUAGAGAGCCAUGUACGGGUCAUGUCAGCGGUGGAACGGACGGCGACGUCGUCGAGCUACACAUCGCUGCGUAUUCGCCAGCCGGAGAGCGACGGCGCGGGUGGUAGCAGCACCGUCUCUUCAUCGCAGGGCCCGCAGAGCAGCCAGUCCACCGCUGAGUGGUCGCAGCCUUUCAACGUCACCCGUGUUCACCGCGGCGGCACGACAACACGCUUCUACGAGGAGGUGGUGGCGCCGUGUGUGUCAAACUGCACGUCCGGACAGAGCUACGUCUUUCUAGUGAGCGGGCCACCUGAGAGCGGUCGAAGCCAGACCCUCUACGGCAGCCCUCACCACAGCGAGCUGGGCAUCGUGGAGCUGGCGGCAGCCGACUUACUGGAGCGAAUGUCGUCCCGGGGCAAGGUCAUCAUGCGCAACCGUCGUGAUCGCCCAGAUGCCACGGGGAAGGAAAACGAAGCAGUCAACGGCACACAGUCGUCGACCUCCGCCAACAACGGGCGGGAGGAUGUGUCGGAGCUGACCGUGACGGGUGGCAUCACCGUCACCUACGCCGCCUUCACCACUCGCGGGGGCAAGAUGGUUGAGGCGGAGGCCAGUGAGCCUGUACCGCUCGUCGAGUUCCCGCCACCUCUGGGACUGGUGCCGCUCCCCCGCAUGCGACUGCUCGAGGACGCCAGCAAAGCGGUCCUGCUCCCCGAGCGCAAGCACGUGGAUACGUCAUGUGUGAUCCAGUUCCAUGUAUACGCGCCAGUAGACUCAACAGGGCGGCGGUCCAUGGCGACACUGACCUUCGUCGAUGUCGCCGCGAUCCGCGAGCCACUGUGCAAGGAAGUGUCGCAUCUCAUCGACACUGUAGAGCGGGUGGCCGGUGUCUCCACCAGCGGCGGUGACCCCAACUUCAAGGAGACGAAGCUGACGACCUUGCUAGAGCCUGUGCUAGUGGGGUACAUCACCCUCGUUUCCAUUACCACUGUCAGCGGCCGCGCCGACCUCUACGAGUCCACGUGCACAGCAUUGCGCUUCGCCAGCAACCUCAGUCGCAUUCACCAAGUUCUCAUGCUCAUCCACAUGAAUGCUCCGCGAUGGAUCUUCGACACGGCAGUGAGCCUGGAGCAGCUGCGGGUGCGCCGUGAUCAACUCAUGGCGGAACACUACGCCCGUGGAGUGUACGAUUAUUACGAGCGCACCUCGCGCUGGCUGCAAGCCAACGUGAGCGAUGCUGGCGGCAGCGUCGAGCGCCUGCUGCAGGAGACGGCUCAUCUUCGCAAGGAAAUCGCGCGCUCUGUGGAGGACAUAGCGAAGGAGCUCCAGGCAGCCAUUGAAAAGGAGGACGCAGGCUGCCGGGCUGAGGUGGAGGCGGCGCGGACGGCUUACGAGGCCACGUCGCGACUGUUCGACGAGGUGCGGCGGCUGGACGAGAUCAUCACCGCUCAGCAACAGAAGAUAUCUCAGACGGACAUGCAGAGCAGCCAGCGGAUUAGCGAGAUGCGGCUAGAGAUAUCCACCCUAGAGGCCAAGGCCGGAAACCGCCAACAGCAGAUGCAGCAGCUGGAGAAGGAGAUGAGGCUCUAUUUGCUGAAGAGCAGCGAGGUGGCAGCAACGCUGAGCAAGGAAGCGGAGAACACGCAAUAUGUGCAGAGUAGCUACGCCAUGUCUCACGAGCUGCUGCAAAUUGGACGCAAGCGGAAGCGUCUUGAGACUGAUUUGGAGCUGGCGUCGCGCGUGGCACAGCGCACGACGGACACGAUGCGGGUGGAUCGUGAGCGGCGCUCGCGCAUUUCGCGGCUGAGCGCGAUGCAGCAGCGCGUUCAUUCCCUGCGCGACACAGUGCGCUACUCCACAAGUAACCCGACGACGGCGCCAUCGCAGCCCCCACAGCAGCCGUUGCAACGCACGUUGCCUGGGGUGAGUCGCCCCGGCCAGGCUCAGUAG